AGGCGGACUAGUUACUCGUCUAGACGUUGUGCAUAAUGGAAAUCUUUCUGACCACCGUGAGCAUUACCCUUUUGUGCUCACACGCCUUCGCUGCGAGCAGCUACUUGGGACUUGCCCACGGGACGCCACUUGGAGGAUUUUCGCAACACGGCACUCUUCACGGUGGUUUCAUCCCCAGUAGUCUUUAUGACACCGGUACAUCCCUUGUCAACCACGGACUACCACUGGGACAUUUUCCAGGACCGAUAUACGGAAAUGGAGGCUACUUGGACUACGCAUACGGCACUGGUGCAUAUUUAGGAAAUCCAUAUGGAAAAGCAAGGUAUCUCAAAUACUUAUACGGAAACCGACUAGGUCUUGUCAACCCAUUUGGUGGAGUUAGCGAAGCUGAGGAUGAAAGAUCGUCUGGCUCUGGAUCAGAGAGCGCGCUUGGUGCUACAAAUGGCGCAGACGUCCUUUCCAACAAUCAAAACGCUGAUUCCACUCGAACUGGAAUUCGUGGUUUACAUUCCAGUCCCAUUGCUGGCUUGGGUGGCUUCCCUUCCGCUCUUCUUCCUCACACUUCCAUUGCUGGCUUCGGAGGAUUCCCUUAUGGUGCUGGACAUCACAGCUCUGUUGCUUUUAGUGGAAUCCUCCCUAAUGUUGGAGCUGUAGGCGCAUUCCCUUAUGGUCUUCAGCCUCACACCCCUAUUGAUUAUUUAACUGGAUUUCCUUAUGGUGUUGGUCCUCACUCUCCCAUUGCUAGACUCCACUCAGGUCUUGGGCCUUAUACUUCAGUUACAGGUCUGUCUCCUUAUCUUGGACCGUACGCUGAUAGUGCUAGUUUUGGCAGACUCAACGCCGCUUUUGGGCAAAAUACCCCCAACGCUGCUUUUAGGUCUCGUACCUCAGCCAAUAUGUCUUCAGGGAACAAGGAAGCACAGAACGAGUAACCAGUUAAGAUGAAAAUAAAAUGACUUCCAAUA